CUCAUUUCUUAGUUCGACUCCCGCUCUCUGUCGAGAGAGUCGUCAUGUCGAAACACAAAUUCAAUCUCAAAUUCUCAAGAUUAAACACUGGACCGUUAUUUGGAAUUUCUAAUGAAAAACUUUUGGAUUAUAUAAUAAAUUAAUUAAAUACUACUUUGUGCCUAGUAUUGUGAUCGUUAAAAUGUUUUAAAGACGCCUGUGCUAAAAAAAUGUGACCAGACUAUAAAGAUUAGUAUUUUUAUUGAAAUAUUAAUUAUUAAUGGAUACUUUUGUAAUCAAAAACCGAAAACUAUUAUUCUCUUCCUGCUUCUUCGAAUCUUGAGUUUCUUUUGACAAAAAAAAAUUUUGUUGCGUUAUGGUGAGAAUUUUAUUUCAUUUUAUUUAAUUUUAUUUGAAGAAAAGUUUUUUCUCUGUGAAUGGGGUUUGUGAUACAAAAGUGUAGAUAACUAAGAGUGAUAUGUAUAUAUAAGUAUACAUAAUAAUGAAGAAAUGAAAUGAGAUCUUGAUACAACGCAAAUACUGAUAUCGAAGGUACAUCCUAGAAAUAAGAGAAGAAGGGAUUGGAAGGAAGAAAGGAAGAGUGAGAAGAAAAGAUUGAAUGGAAGAUGAAGAGCUUGAUGCUUAUAUCAACCUUGAUCUUCGUCGCGGUGUUUUUGGUUCUUCUUUUAGCCACCACCGUAUCGACGGCUCCAACAAGUACUGACCAAUGCGAUUGGACGGGAAGUGGAGGAAGCGGAAAAGGCGUUCGUCCCGUCUACUUGCGUUGUUCGAGGGGCACCGUCUCUUGGCGAUAUCCUCGUGGCGCUCUGAGAGUGGUUUUGUCAGGAGGUGAAGGAUUUCAUGGUUUUCAUGCCUGUGUAAAAGUCUCUGGUCCAGCGAGAGUGUAUUUGGAGGGGAAAACUUCUUUGAGACCUGUGUAUUCGCCCAAUGAUGGAAAACACGAGUCCUAUCAUCGAUGCUUUCGCUCGAAUGGUCAAUUGGCGGCUCUUUAUGUCGAGGCUGAUGAACCUUCGCCAGAGUAUAAGUGGAAGAUAGUCCAACUGCAAUAUGAUCUUGAAAAGGAGGAGAAGAAAGAGGAAUCUGAGUGUAUGCCUUGUUCUAAAGAAGAAUUGGCCAAGACUUACUGUCAAAGUGAUCUUGUUGCGAGAGGAACCCUCAGUGCAGUGGAGAAGAAGACGGAUCUAGAUGACUUGGUUCUUAGGGUCACGAAAAUUCUCAGUGACAUCAAUGAGGACAAUGAAGUGGAUACGAAUAAUUCACAUGUCGGUAAAGAAGUUCGAAUAAAAGUUCCAAGCAAGUGUGACGCUCGUCAUGGACAGGGAGAAUUUGUGAUAAUGGCUAGGAAGAGAUUGGGUGAUUUAACAUUGGCUUGUGCUCCAAGAUUGGAAACGUGGGCAGAAGCGGUGCGUGAAAUGAAAACUGCCCCCUGUGUUCUUCGAACUUAGUGACUGCGGAGAAAAUCUUUUUUAUUAAUUUACAAAAACUAAUGGUAAAAUAAUCAUAUUAUUAUUAAUAACAUUAAUAAUAAUAUUAAUAAUAUAGAACUUAUUAAUAGAAAGUGAAGAUUUCAAAAUAUUUGAAAAAAAGCCAUCUUGCUUCACUGUGUACAUUGUAUUCAUAUUCACGCGAUGCGACUUUAGUGAAAAGUUGAUGUUUCUAAAAUAACUUCUUUUCAAGAAAAUCAUUCUCAGUCUCACAUUUAAAAAUUAGUAAAAAAAAAUUAUUACUUACGUAUUUUAAAGUUAUUUUCUUUAUCCACUAAAUUAGUAUAAAUAUCAGCGUGAUGUAAAUAAGAAUAUAUUUUUAUGCUUGUACAUAACUAUUGAUCUCUGAACUGUGAUAUAUUUUAUUAUAAGAGAUUUAAAGAAACGGAUUUAUUAUCAUAUAUAUUUGUAUAGAUUUAUCUUUAAAAGAAAAGAAGAUAAUAAAACUAAGAUUUAAACAAA